AAACCAGAGAUAAUGUUUUAAGGAAGCGAGAGUUCAGCAACGAGAUAACCGUUGCAUUUUUUGCCGGGCUAACGCACUCGAUUCAACAUGCGGGCGAAAAUCAGAAUGUCGUUUUUGACCAUGUAGAGACCAAUGAAGGUAACGGAUAUAAUCCUCAUCAUGGCGUCUUUACUGCUCCAGUGGCGGGAAUUUAUGUGUUCACCACGUCAAUUAUGACGAUAUCUGGUCGUAAAAUUUGUGAAGUUGUUGUGAAUGGAGUUAGUAAGGCACAAGUGUAUACACACGGAGACGGUCAUUAUGAUCACGGCGCACAGACAGUGAUUGUCAACCUUAAGAAAGGUGAUGAUGUUGCUAUACAAAUAGUUGAACAUAACCUUGAUAAUACAAUACAUGGAGAAUCUCCACCGUACACGACGUUUUCCGGUUUUCUCCUACAGCAAGACUUCUCUGGUCCCAUCGUCGGCAAAUAAUGUUUCAAAGAUUAUAUCUAUAAAAAGAUAAUAAAGCUCAAAACUUAAA